AUGGGAAUCUUUGGCUCAUCCGACCCUGUCAAGCAGGCCGAAAAGCACCUGGCUAAAGAGGCCAAGGAGGAGGAGAAGAAUAUUGCUCAGGCUGAGAAGAGUAUUGCUCGAGCUGAGAAGGCCGAGGGCAAGAUUGCAAAGUCGGAAGCAAAGGCCGAGAAGCAACACGAUAAAGCUUCCAAGGUCGAGGGUAAGGCUGCCGGCGUUCUCAACAAGGCUACUACCAGUAAGCGUUCAUGCGUGAGUAUCAGGGCCGGGGCUAACGACGGGACAGAGCACGACGCUGCGGCUCAGAAAGAGAACGCGGCCGCUUCCGAGGUCAACAAGCAGCAGAGUGCGCACAACACCAUCGAGCGUACUAUCGAGCAGAAGAAGGCCGAUCUCCAGAAUCUCGAAGCCCAGCACAAGGCCAACGAGAGUAACCGAGACUCGAAGCUUCAACAGAUCGCCUCUGGCGGGUCUGGCUCUCAUCACAAGGGCGAGGCCGCUGCUGCUGGGGUAGCCGGAGCCGGGGCGACUGGUGCGGCAGCUCAUCACCAUAACAAGAAUGCUGCUGUCAACGAGCCUCAAUCUACACAGACUCAGGGCGCCACAGGUGGCGCGUACGGUCAACAGCAGUACGGUCACCAGCAAGGGGCAGCCCCUACUUCUUCCACCGGUUAUGGGGAGACUAGGUCCGGGAACGGGACGGGUGCAGCUCUCGGGACCGGGGCUGUUGGUGGAGCAGGUGCGGGCGCACUUGCAGGCCACCACGGGUCUUCCGCUCAAGACCCUUCAUUGACUUCUGGAUCCGCCGCCCAGCAAGGCUCUACCGGGGCAUACGGGGCUCAGCAGGUUCCUGCUUCUUCUACCUACGAGCAGGGUGUCCCUCAGUCUCAAGGCUCGACCGGAGCUUAUGGGGCUCAGCAGGGCACUGGUCAGGGUCUCCAGCAGGGCACGGGCUAUGGAACCCAACAGUCUACGGGCGCGACAUCUGGACCCCCUUCUGGCUUGCAUUCUGGAGCUACUCGGGGCGGAUAUGAGAGUGGUGUGGGUGGAACCACCUACACUGGUGCAGGCUCUCAGGGCCAGCAAGCCGGAUCUCAGCAAGUUGGCUCGCAAGACUAUGCUUCGGGCGGCCAGUCUGGGUACGCUUCUCAAGGUGUCACUGGUCAGUCUGGCACCCACGCUGGGACUGGGACUGGACAUGCGACUUCAGGUAGCGAUACGGGGGGAUAUGGAGGUAUCUCUCAGCAGGGUGUCGGUGAGGGCGAGCGAAUCACUCAGGCUGUUCGCCAGUUGUAAACAGAGGGGAAGAAAUUGUAGCUCUAGUCUUAAACACGUAUAUUCAGACGCGUGGUAUGUAGCCUAAUUGGAAAAUGCAAAUAG